ACGCAUGGCCUUGUCUCUGGCAUCCCGCAGCUACAAGCUUGAUGCUUGCCUCAGGCGUCGAGCCACCGCCACGGCUGGGAGGAGGAUCCUGCUCCGAUGGCCUUCCACUAAAACAGAGGGAGGUACUUGGGUACCUCGAGCAAUUGACGUCGCCAGUGGGAAGAGCAGCCCCGCCAUGUAUCACUGAAUCUACCCCGCCAUGCGUCUUGGUUGUGACUUUACGUGAAAGAUCAGUACAGAGAGCGCGCGUCUUGCUCUCCUGAACAGCUCAGCCUCUGCCAGCAACCAUGGCAGACACAGAACAAUCCGAGGCGCCCGUGGAGCUGCAGAGCAGAAAUGUGAUUUACUGCGGAGUGUGUACUCUGCCGCCAGAGUACUGCGAGUAUGGCGGCACCGUGAAGAAAUGCCAGGAAUGGCUCGAGAAGCACCACCCGGACAUGUACGCGAGGAUAUGGUCCCCUGAGGCUUUAGAAGCAGCCACUGCUGCUCUCUCCAUCGAUGCGCAGAAGAGAGCUGCCAAGGAUGCGCAGAAGAAGGCUGCCAAGGCCGAGGCUGCGGAGCAGAAGCAGGCUAAUAAGCUGGCCUCGAGCGUCGUAACCAUCAAGCGAAUCGAGAGAAACAAGAAAAAGUUUGUCACAGCCGUUAUUGGUCUGGAAGCUUUUGGUCUAGAUUUGAAGAAGGUUGCCAAGGAUUUCGGAAAGAAGUUCGCAACAGGUUCCUCCGUUACAAAGCUUCCCAGCGGCGGCGAAGAAAUCGUGGUUCAGGGAGACGUCAGCGACGAGCUAGAAGAGUUCAUUCUGGAAAAGUACAAGGAUGUACCAGAAGACAAUAUCGAGCUAGUGGAUGACAAGAAGAAGAAAUGAUAUAUUCCCGCUGAAAUGAAGCUAUCCAAAACGCCUAAUCCCCAGUGGUUUAGUCCAACAAUGUAUUGUGUUGUUACAUGCCCAAACUCCUCAUAGUAUUGCCUGUUGCCAGUAAAACAAAACAAAAAAAAAAA